AUGAUCAAACUACCCAACCAAGAAGAGGAUGACACCACCAACUCCAUGCCAUUGACCAAGAAAAUGAAAGGAAUGGCAAAGAAUCCUGAAACCAGCAGUGACAGUCAUCACCCUGCUGUCUACUAUGCAUGGCUUGAUCCACUUGUCACUCAUCACAUUCUUUCCUUUCUCGAGAACGAUCCCAUCACACAAUUAAAUUUUUGCAUCAUCAACAAACAAGUAUUCGACCUCCAACAUGUGAAUGAGGAACAACGAACUUUUUUCAAAGAAGGACUCAUUGAAAUUGAAAAAUUCCACAUUGCUCAUGGACACUGGACAUUUCAAGUCAGUGCCGAAUUCAAGUUGUUGGAAAAGAGAAAAAACCACCAGGACAACAACAUGACCAACACCAACUCUCCAAAAGAAGUGGGUGGACGGAGUUAUCAAAUGAGUCGUGUCUUUAGCUUGGAUUUAAGCGAGAGUGAUCUACUUGUGAGAAUAUCUCAUACGGUGAAGAUACUGGAACCAUCUACGAAGAGUGAAGUAAUUUUGAACAAGUUCUUUGAAAGAUAUCGAAAUGUUUCGUGUGUAUCAUCAGCCUCAUCAUUACUCUCAAAAGAAACAACUUUCAAUGCAUUGCUCCCAUUGCACAUGUUGCUUGCUUUAUACAAAAAGGUCAAGAGCAUUAAGAAGGAAAAGGUACUUGUCGAACAAUAUGACUUUGAGAACAUUCGACUUGAAUUCGAACAAACAACACCUUGGAAUGGUUUUUCAAAUAUUGAAACCAUUUUGGAACAAUUGAAUAACUGCUCGGCAUAG